GAAAAAAAGCAUUGCUUAACCACUUCCUGUCCGGCCCAUGUACAUAAACGGCCGGACGGGUGCAGUGCCGAAUCGGGUUGCUGUUUAUAAACUGCCCGUAUUAACUGCCUGUGCGCGCUCCCUGGGAGCACCGAUCGCUGUACGGGACCUCUGUGUGAGGUCCCGAUUCAUGAAUAGUAGUAAGCAAGAUGCCACUUCCUGACAUCAUUGCUUACUACUAGUGAAAUCUGUGAAUGAUCACAGAGGUCACAUGGUACAAGGCUAUUCAGAUCAGCCUUGUACCAAGGCUUUGUGACAAGCUGUGACCAAUCACAGCUCUCACA